AUGGAGGCUCUGUGGAAAUCCCUGAGGAAGGGAUCGUCGACUGCGUGGACUGGGGAGGACCACGUCUACGAGAACAUCGAAGCCCCCAAGUUCGUCGACUUCAGCGCCCCCGAUCGUUCCCGCCCCGACGACCGUUCUUGGUUCUGCACCCGCAUCGGUCAGCUGUGGAUAUCUCCCCCUCUCACCACCUCAUCGGCCUGAUCUCUAGCUGCAUUUUGUUUCCUCUUCGUUCCUUCCUUUUCCACUGUUUUUUCUCCGAUCCACGAGUUGCAAUCGUCCCCAGAUCUGCAUCUGAUCAAGAUUAUUCGCGUUCUAUCCCCGGAUAGUUGUGAACCGUGUGGCUUCUCUUGAUCAGGUUGCGACCAGAACCACGACGAAGUAGAUCCGGAUGUCCUCCACAAGAAUUUCGUGCUCCGAGUAAGUAGUAGCUCGUUCCUCCUCCUCUCCUCGAUUCCUCCUCGGGCGGAUUCUUAGGGUGAGUUUCCAACGAUUCCUCCAGGUCAUGGCGGCACGAAGCCCUAACGUGCGAUUACAGAAGGCUCUGAGUCGCCAUGAUGCCCCAAGGUACGUCAACCAGGAAGAGUAUGUAAUCUGUUCUCACGGAAAAAUUCGAUUAGAACUGCAACAGAUCUAUCUAAUCGGGAGAAACAUUCAUCCAGCGCCAAAUGUCCUCGAUCUGCGCCUGCAAAGUCUGCGAAGAGUAGAAUAGGCAUGUUGGCGGAGAAGGCUGGGAGCUCGGCCAGGCUGAAGAACUAUCCCGUCGCUUGCCUGAGCUCCUCCACUCCGAAACCACCAGCAAAGCGGCCUCCGGCGGCGGCGAAGGCGUUGUCUACUCCCAGGAACAGAGCACGGCCAACCGGCGAAGAAGCAUUCCGGAGUGUGAAGAUCUCCAAGCCCCCAGAACCUUUGCUGAAGAACAGGGCGGCGGUGAAGGUUCUGAGCUUCCACACACCGAAGAAAUCCGAGAAGGGGACUUGUGCUGGCAAGGCACCGAUACCAGAAAUAUCUGCCGGCAUGAAGAAGCUCAACAUGGGGACGCUGAGAUCUGAUAAUGCCAUAGAUCGAGAUGCCUGUAGGCUUCUCGAAGCGGAAGAAUGCCCCGAGAGAGCCCUCCCGUCGUCGAUGACGCCGUCGGAAGAUCGCACAGGAGUGAAGUCUUCACCCAAGGCCGAAGCGGAAGAGCCUGAUGUUUUCGAGGACGAGCCAAUGGAGGGUUCUUCCGAAUUCGAUGAGAACAAGGAGAACGCCUCAGUGAUCCACGCCGCCGCCGACAGGUUGGAUUCUUCAGCCACGCCAUAUCCUAGCACUCUGAUUCCCUUACAGAGUCGUCACUAUUUCUCGAUUCCCUUACACUCUGAUUUCUUGUGGGAUCUGAUCUCAGAGACGAGAAUCGUAGCACCUUCACAAGUGGGAUGGAGAAUCGCCAGAAGAACAGCUGCGACGGCCCUCGGAAGGUGCUCUUCUCCCCGAGCUCAGUUCUCCUCCUGCACGAUACAUUCGUGCCUGUGGUAA